AUGGGUAGGCUCAUAAUUGCUUCUCGAGCCAACUGUCCUGAAGAGUCGUUGCCGAAAAAUGGUCGGAAGGGGUCUCGUGCUGACGCGUGGAUCUCUGUCGGUUCAGAUCUGAAAUUUGAUGCAAGAAGAGACAUGGAUGAUGUGGGUGCUAUGUGUGUAGCAGUGCAUGCUUUGAACAAGCUACCUUAUUCUAAGCUUGACUCAAAGUCUGUUGGCAUCAGGGAGGGAGUUGUUUUUUCAACAUACAGCAGUCUCAUAGCAUCUUCAGAGAAAGGUCGGUCCCGUUUGCAGCAGCUUGUACAGUGGUGUGGGCCAGAAUUUGACGGUCUCGUCAUAUUUGAUGAGUGUCACAAGGCAAAAAAUUUGGUCCCUGAAGCUGGAGGACAGCCAACACGAACUGGUGAAGCUGUACUUGAAAUCCAGGCUCGUCUUCCUCAAGCUCGUGUUGUUUAUUGUUCAGCGACUGGUGCUUCUGAGCCUCGUAAUAUGGCCUACAUGGUUCGCCUUGGUCUUUGGGGAGUUGGAACUGCUUUUCUCAAUUUCCGUGACUUUUUAGGUGCAAUGGAGAAAGGUGGUGUCGGGGCACUUGAACUUGUUGCCAUGGACAUGAAAGCAAGGGGUAUGUAUGUGUGUCGUACACUUAGCUACAAAGGCGCAGAGUUUGAAGUUGUUGAAGUACCUUUAGAGGCCAAGAUGCAGGACAUGUAUAAAAAGGCAGCUGAGUUCUGGGCCGAGCUUAGAGUGGAGUUGCUGUCAGCUGGUGUAUUUCUCAGUGAUGAUAAGCCCUCUUCUAAUCAGCUCUGGAGACUUUACUGGGCUAAUCAUCAGCGCUUCUUUAGACACAUGUGUAUGUCCGCUAAGGUGCCUGCGGUAGUUAGAAUAGCAAAGGAAGCACUAGCAGAAAGUAAAUGUGUAGUCGUAGGACUUCAGAGCACUGGAGAAGCAAGAACAGAGGAAGCUGUUUCUAAAUAUGGUCUUGAACUUGAUGAUUUUGUUUCUGGACCUCGUGAGUUGUUACUUAAAUUUGUAGAAGAGAAUUAUCCAUUGCCUGAAAAACCUGAACCACUUCCUGAGGAAAGUGUCAAAGAGCUUCAACGAAAGAGACACUCUGCAACACCUGGUGUAUCAUUUAGAGGGAGAGUGAGAAAAGCUGCUAAAUGGCAAACGAGUGAUCAGAGGAGUGAUGAAGAAUCAGAUACUGAUUCCGAAUAUGAAUCUACCGAGUCCGAUGAUGAUGAAUUUCAGAUCUGUGAUAUUUGUAAUUCGGAGGAGGAGAGGAAAAAAUUGCUCCAGUGUUCCUGUUGUAGCCAACUUGUACAUCCGACAUGUUUAAUUCCACCUGUUACAGAGUCAGUUUCUGCGGAUUGGUGUUGCCAUUCUUGCAAGGAAAAGACAGAUGAAUAUAUCCAAGCAAGACAUGCCUAUGUUACUGAACUUUUGAAAAGGUAUGAAGGAGCUGUUGAGAGAAGGUCCAAAAUUUUGGAUAUAAUUCGUUCUUUGGAUCUUCCAAACAAUCCGCUGGAUGAUAUUAUCGAUCAGCUUGGGGGCCCAGAGAAAGUGGCAGAAAUAACAGGGAGAAAGGGCAUGCUUGUGAGGGCAUCUGGUGGAAAAGGUGUAACCUAUCAGGCACGAAACACGAAGGAUGUAUCCAUGGAAAUGGUUAAUAUACAUGAGAAGCAGCUUUUCAUGGAUGGGAAGAAGCUGGUAGCUAUAAUUUCUGAAGCUGGGUCAGCUGGAGUUUCUUUGCAAGCUGAUAGAAGGGCUUUAAACCAGAGAAGAAGGGUUCAUUUGACUUUGGAAUUACCUUGGAGUGCUGAUCGGGCAAUUCAGCAGUUUGGAAGAACUCAUCGCUCAAAUCAAGCUUCUGCACCUGAGUAUAAGCUACUUUUUACUAAUCUUGGUGGAGAACGGCGGUUUGCAUCUGUGGUUGCUAAGAGACUUGAAUCACUUGGGGCAUUGACUCAAGGAGAUCGACGAGCUGGACCAUCUCUUAGUGCUUAUAACUAUGAUAGUUCCUUUGGGAAGAGGGCCCUGAUGAUGUUGUAUAGAGGCAUCAUGGAGCAGGAUCCUUUGCCACUUGUACCACCAGGUUGUUCUGCUGAUAAACCAGAUGCUAUACAGGAUUUCAUUUUGAAGGGGAAAGCUGCGCUUGUUUCUGUUGGAAUAAUAAGAGACUCAGUUCUUGGUAAUGGAAAGGACUCUGGAAAGCUUUCUGGCCGUAUAGUUGAUUCGGACAUGCAUGAUGUUGGGCGUUUCCUUAACAGGCUCUUGGGAUUGCCACCUGAAAUCCAAAAUAGGCUUUUUGAGUUAUUUGUCAGCAUUCUUGAUCUUUUAGUUCAGAAUGCACGCCUUGAAGGACAUUUAGACUCUGGAAUUGUUGAUAUGAAAGCUACCACUGUUGAACUACAAGGGACGCCAAAGACUGUUCAUAUUGACAACUUGUCCGGGGCUUCAACCAUAUUGUUUACUUUUACAUUGGAUCGUGGACUCAUUUGGGAGUCAGCAUAUGCGUUGCUUGAAGAGAAGCAAAAGGAUGAGUCUAGUUCAACUAAUAGUGGAUUCUAUGAAUCCAAACGAGAAUGGUUGGGAAGACGGCAUUUUCUAUUAGCAUUUGAAGGUUCUGCUUCAGGAAUGUACAAGGUAUUUCGUCCAACUGUUGGAGAGGCCCUUAGGGAGAUGCCCCUCGCAGAAUUGAAAGACAAGUACCGAAAACUAUCGUCCUUAGAAAAGGCCCGUCAUGGAUGGGAAGAUGAAUAUGAUGUUUCAUUGAAACAGUGUAUGCAUGGCCCAAAAUGUAAGCUAGGCAGUUUCUGCACAGUCGGUAGAAGAUUACAAGAAGUUAAUGUGUUAGGUGGUCUUAUACUUCCUGUGUGGGGAACUGUUGAGAAGGCGCUCUCUAAGCAAGCUCGCCAAAGCCAUCGGAGAAUCCGCAUUGUACGGAUUGUGACAACGACUGACAGUCAGCGAAUUGUAGGGUUGCUUAUCCCAAAUGCAGCAGUAGAAUCAGUGCUUCAAGAUUUGGCAUGGGUCCAAGAUGUUGACGAAUGAGAGAAGAGCAAUUAAGGUUUUUUGUGCCAAGUAUAGAUGAUUUCAAAAGUUGAUGGAAUGGCCUAGCAAGAUGGAGUUGUCAUUGUACGCUUUCAGAAUGAAGCGCAUUGUAUGGUGGUAGAAAAGCAGUCUUUGUUACAAGGUCCAGGGAAUGAGAUUGGGGCACCCUCGCAUCGCUGUCAUAAUUCUUUUGCAUAAUUUUUUUGGAAUAUCCAUUCCUUGUAAAUUAAAUCAUUUAAAUCAUAGGGCAAUUUUGGGGUUGCUGGAAAUUCUGCCACAGUUUUGUAUCUAACCUUCAAAAUAUACAGAGUGUUAGAAUUCAAUACAGUUUCCUCUCAGUUCAUCUGUGUCAGCCAAAGGACCAGCUAAAUGAUGCAAUUUGAGUACUGACUUGUUGACAACUAGAA